UCCAAAAAAAAAAUUUCAUUGAAAUUAUUAAAAUAAUGCAAUCGAAAUAUUUCUACCAGUUAAUAAUAAAUUGAAAAGAAAAAACUUUUAAGUAAUAAAUAAGUUUUAAUGGCAUCGUCAAUUGAAAAUACAGUGAGUCUAUCAUCACCAAAUACUAUUUUUGGAUUUCCUUGUUUUUAUCAUCGUAAUAUCGAUCAAUUAUUGAAUAAAGAUGUUAUUGCUAAAUGUGAAUUUAAAGUUGAUGAAAAGGGUACUUUGUAUCAUGUAGUACACUUUAAAAAUGGAUCAUCAUCUAAACUAAUAUCACAAUUACCAUCAUGUCGUUAUGUUGCAGAUCAUAAUAACAAUAUAAUAACACUAUUUGAAAUAAUAAGUACAUUUAUAUUAACACCACUAUCACGUAUUUCUAUUGACACACGAUUUGAAUAUUUGUGUAUACUAUUCAAUGACAUAUUUAUGUAUAUUAAUGAAUUGACGCAAAAAAAAAUAGUUAAUAGUUAUCUGAUGGGUAAUGAACAUCGCGUCAAAUUAUUUUGUGAUAACAUUGUAUUUGUAAAUGCUCAUAAUCGGUUAUCUUUUCUGUUACGGAACACAUUGACGACUGUUGAGUCUAGUAAAUGUAAACAUCAAUUCAUACGUCAGUAUACAAGUAUAUUGUUUAUUGUUAAAUACAUAUUAUUUUCUAGGAUAACUAAAUCAUCGCGUAAAGAUAUAAAUAAUAAUGACGUACCUGAUGGAAUUAAUAAAAGUAGUAGAGUAUUACAUGAUGGUAUUUGUAAAUUGAAACAAUAUAAAUGUCGAAUGACAAUUAUUGAUGAGUCGCCACUACAUAGUGUUUUUUGUAUGCAAUUAACGCAACGUAAUUCGAGUGCUUACAAAUUAUUAAGAUUAAUUGAUAUAUUUAGUAUACCUGUUGAACCAUCACAAAAUAUUAUUCAUCAAAUAUUUUCAUUAUGAUUUUUUGUUAUUGAUGUAAUUAUUUUUUUCUAAUAAAAAACGUAUUGAUAUGAUGUAAAAAAAUUUUGGUAGGAAAAUGGUCUCCGAAGACUGCACUGUCACCUUAGUGUGAAUUGACGGUGUAAAGUUUUCUUGGUGUGAAAUAUCAAGUGCUAAACUUUUAAAAUAUUGUGAGUGUCUUUUUUCGUAGACGGAGAAAUUAUUCUCAUUUGAAAUGUUAUGGUGUCAUGGUAAAGCCGGACGAUGUUGGCCACCUGCAGACAUUGAAAUAA